ACCAGAACCACAGUAUUAUUCGGAACGGUAACAUCGUUGAAUCGUUGGAAAACGUAAUCUGUCUCGUCUCGGUUUUUUCUUUGAACAUUUCUUUUUGAAAAUAUUUUUUAAGUUGUGCGUUGGAUAGAUUUAUUAUAUAGAUUUUGGUACGUGGUUGGUUGAAAUUUAAUUAAUUUUUUUUUAAAUUUUAACUUUUCGUUCUCGUAAAUGAUUUUUGAAUUUCUUCGACGACUUUUUUAAUUCUCGUCCACCGACUUUUAUUGAAUUAAAACUGAAAUAACAAAAGUGUUUUUUGAUGGAUGUGAGAAAUUCGAGAAUAAAAGUGUAGUUACUGACAGUUUUGUUUACUUAAAAUUUCGAUUCUGUGCAGGAGAAACUAAAUGGAAUUAAAACAAAAAACGAUUUUGGGUUAACAUUUUGUCUUACAUUACUCAAAUGGAAUUACGGUCCGAGUCGGUCCAAGUGCUAAUGACAUUUUUAUAGUACUGACAUAACCUGUAAAUUGAAAAAGUUUUUUUUUUCGGUCGAGUGUAAUUAACAAUUUGUUUUAUGAAACAACAAUAGCUGCACCGAACGGAUGAAUGAACUCUUUGAAAGGAAGACAGUAACAAAACGUUCGAAAAAAUUGAACUACAAUUUCGGGGUGUUGUUUCCAUAAUUAUUUUGACAUUUCAUAUAUUGGAAGUUGUGUGCACUUCAAAACAACAUUAAACAAAAAAAAAAAAAAACAGAAGAAAAUAAUCCAUCGACGACGGAACUAAACCAUUUUGUGUGUAUACAAAGGUGUUGGUUGAAAUUUUCUUGUUUCUCAUACAUGCUUUAAAUAUAGAAAUUUUAAUGGUAGGAAAAAAAACAGCACCUUCCACAUGAGAAUAUUUUUUAUGUGUCUUGUGAAUUUAAUACCAUUAAAAGUGGAAUGAAAACCUUUUUUCUUAUUUAAAAGAAACAACAAAUGAGACAUUAAAGUACACAGAUGUACAGAAGAAAAUCGACAAUCCGCAAAUUCCAUUUUCAUAUUCCACAUAAUCAAAAUCGGUUCGAGACUGGAAUAUGUGUUGUCUGGAAGGUUUGAAUUUCGGAAAACACUGAACACUUGAUUCUUCUUUUGGGAGGAUAAAACGAACACGGGACUUCAUUCGUUCCACAGUAAAUUGAUGAAAAUAGCCGAAAAGUGUCUUAAGAGAGAGAGAGAGAGAGAGAGAGAGAGAGUAAAAAAAGUGCAUUAUUUUCCUGCCUAACUAUUUACAUUUACACAGUAAACUAUACUUAAAUUAUAAGCUUCGUUAACAACAUUUUAUUGAACUAUAUUCCAAUUUCUCUGCGGUGUUUCAACGACUAGAGAAAAAAAAACACAAAAACCCAUUACCCACAUAUACAACACUCUCGAUAAAUAUUUUGUAUACAAAGAAAUUAAAAAAAAACUUUACAUGAAAUUGUGUAAUCGACAUUUAAUUUCAGUACGAAAGAGUUGUUGUUGUUGUUGUCGAUGUCGAACUGCAUUUUAUACCAUCUAUUCGAUCCACCAGUUUUUAAUCACUUGCGGAAAUUAUUUUAAUUAAUUGUGUAGCAUAUACCACCAGGCACAUAUGCAGUUCGGAUAGUGUUUUAAAUUAAUGGUGUGUGCGCUUUUGAAGUGGAAAAAAAUAAUUAAACGAAAAAAAGAAAGAAUUUAACUUUGUAAACAUUAGCUCUACGGAUCUUAUUAAUCGGUUAAACAAAACAACCGCACACACACGUUUCUUCAUUUGCUGUUAGCCAGCCACACAUAAGAUUCUAUCAAUUCAGACUAAAAUCUGGUAAAAAAAAGAGUUGUGAGUACAACUAAAUGGUCAAUGACAUAGUGCACGUCAAAUUACUUGACAAUUAUCAACGUCAAUUCAAUCGUUUAUUUUCCAACUAAAAACGAUCCAUUUCAUAACGAACCAACGAGACUUAAAAGUUCCAGUGUUUUUGAUGAAUGAAAAUGAAGAAACUGGUAGUUGUCGAUAGAUUGGAACCUUUCUGGAUUUGGACGAAAUUUUUGAAAUUGAAACGAAGGAGAAAUCUGAAGAAAAUUCAUUGCUAAGGCGGAUAAUUCCUUUCGUUGCAAUUUGACGAAUCACUUCUAACAUUUAACGAUCAGCCCAGCGGACAAAGCCGCCGAAUUUAUUGUGAAAUGUAUUGACAUUCGGAUCAGAAUGGUACGUUGUCUGGUGAAAAUUUGGUGCAUUUAGUGUUUCGAGAGACGAUUUUGUGACGUAAGAUAUUUUGCAACUGGUAAACGCGUGCGUGGAAUUUUGAAUUGUGCGUGCGUGUGGAUAACGAAUUAGUUAAAUUAAUUCCGAAACAGAACUAUGGAAGUGAACUGUAGACAUUCGAUGUUAUUUCAACGAAUUAGCAAUAUGGAAACGACAGUGGAAUCUAUGACUACCGGAUUUUAUAAGUUCCUGGCGAGAUUUUCAGGAAGAAGACGAAACCCACGUGAAAAACUCAACAAAUUAGUUUCAUAUGCCUCCGUAUUUUUAUUAUUAACGUUUUUGGGUAGUACAGAUGCAUGUUCGAGUCGAACGACACCGAAACCUCGACCGCCAACCCCAACCCCUAGGCCAAAUAUUACAUUCCACACAUACAAAUGCCCUCCAGCGUAUGCAGCAUGGUAUUGUCUGAACGAUGCUACCUGUUUCACCGUCAAAAUUGGCGAUUCCCUACUGUACAAUUGCGAGUGUGCCGAUGGUUACAUGGGUCCGCGAUGCGAGUACAAAGAUUUGGACGGUUCAUAUUUGCCUACACGACCGCGAGUAAUGCUCGAAACAGCCAGUAUAGCCAGUGGUGCAACACUGGCCCUGUUCCUUGUCCUCAUAUUAUGUCUAGUCUUUUACGUACGAUGGCAUCAAGCGCAUAAAAAGGACCGAUUGGCGCGCGAAGAAAAUGGCAACGGUGUGGAUACGGUGGACGGUUUGCAUACGGUGCGAUCCGAUCAGCCGUUGCGGCCGUUCGGACCACAUCACCAAAAAAUUAUUCCUAUGGCGGAGGCUUUGAAGAGAUAGAUUUUAAGUGGAGGAAAGAAAACCUUUUUUUUAUAUAUAGAAAACGAACACACACACACACACACACGCAAAGUUAAUUGUUUUUCUUCGUUUUGCGCUUUCCUUUUAUUCGGUUGGAUAGAUUUUGCGGAAAGAGAAAUGAGAAAAACUUUGUUGUAAAUAUUCAUUUAGCGCUACUUAUUAUGAGAUGGACGACGGAACAGAGGAGAGAAAAGUAUUUUUGUUUGUAAAUAUAGUUGCUAGAGACACUUUGUUUUCGAUUUUUGUAAGAAAUUGUACAAAAAAGUAAUAAUAAAUGAACAGAAGAAGGAAAAACACUAACUAGAUAACAGUUGAUGCGCGCGCAUAGACAGAUAUUUAUGCAAUUUAUUAAAUAAAAUGUAACGAGACGCCUAAAAAUAGAAAUUAAAAAAUAUUUUAAAUUAUUGAACAAAUUUAUAUAAAAAACAAUAUUUUAGCCUAAACGAAAAGAUAU